CCCAGCCCUCAGGGGAGGACCACACCCCACCUAUACGCGGAGGGAGAAUGCCCCGGGCCUGUAGCUCGGCACUACCUCCGGAGGGUAGCGAGAGCCCCAAUGAGUGGUUUACAGCUGGAUUGGGAGCUCCGGUGUCGUGUGGCCCUGCGUUUCCAACGUAGUCAUGGUCGCUUUUAGGGGGAAAUGUCCGACAAACUGAGAAGGUGCAGGAAGGAGCUGGCUGCAGCCAUCGACCGGGCUUUUGAAGGCGUCUGUCAUUCCCAGGAGUGCGCAGGCCCGCAGAGGCCGCCGCCGCCCCUGCCUGUGCACAGGCUCCCCUGCAGGCGACACCCGCCGGCCGCCUGCUCCGCCGCGGCCGCUUUCGCCGCUGUCCCGUGCGCUCCUGGGAAUGAGAACCCUGCGCUUGCACCGAACCAUGUGUCUCUCGGUGCAAAGCCACAUGCUUUAUGCCCCAAAAGAAAACCUCUGGCCAGCAAGGAAAACGUGCUGAUGCAGACCUCCAUCUUGGCGCCUGAAAGACCGCUCUGGAGAGCAGCGGGAGACGGGGAGAACUGGAGAAAAGAGAGUUCAAGGAAGGAUGUGGAGAGAGAUUUGAAGGUUGACUCAAACAUGCCACUCGGCAGCUCUAGCCACGAGGUCACAAAGGAUCUGCUUGAUAUAAUUGACCACACAAGCAUCCGGACUAUUGAAGAACUGGCUGGGAAGCUAGAAUUUGAGAAUGAGUUGAACCGCGUGUGUGGGCGCUGCCAAGACUCGCCCUUCAAGGAGGAAGCCUGGGCCCUGCUCGUGGACGAGAGCCCCGAGAAGGGCGCUGGCGCCACGGGCAGCCUCAGGCAGGCCUUCGACGAGCAGAACAUUGUGCAGACCGUUCUGGACUUGGAAGAGGACUACAACUUGAUGACGCAGUUUAAAUACCAGGUGGAGUGAGGAGGCUGCCGCGGGCCGAGGUGCUCACCAGGGAUUGGCACAGCCUGAGCCCCACCGCCUUUGCACCACGGCCCUGUGCCUUUCUACACUUGAUCUUAGCCAGAGGGCCGAGAAGCGAUUCUGUGUGCCUUUCUGAGCUGAGUGCCUGGUUUUUCGUAUUGUUACUUUGAAAUGUUUCUUACUGUUAAUUUUUUUUACUUUUCUUGCCAUCUUGAAAGUGUGGUGUUUUGUUUUUGUUUUUGUUUU